AACCCACAGAGGAACCAGCUGAGCAGCACAGGACCACACACAGUCUCACUGAGUCAGUAGACAUGGAGGAUGGGAAUCUUGAUCUGCUGCUGGUCAAAGAGGAGACAAUUGAGGAAGAACCAGAGAGCAUUGACCUGCUGAAUGGACUAAAGAUGGGGGAGCAAGGUGGUUGGUUGGAGGCUAACAGAGGAGACUGGGCAGCCAGCUUGGAUUCCCAGACCCCAACAGGUGCAACCAAGGGCCCAAGGGACAUCACCACUGAGCAGGUCAGGACCAGAGGCGACAUAGUGGAAGUCAGUGGAUGGGACAGCGUCCUCAACUCUGGGCUGGGGAACAACACCGUUAACCACAACCAGAAACAGACAACUGAACACAAAACAGCAACCGAACUUAGUCUCCAUGACAACAGACUAGCUGAGACCAGGGCGAGGUGUAGAUUUGGUCUGCGGGCACGAGGAGGUGUCUGUCUAAGAACAAAUCCGGCUAGCGAUGCUCCGUCCUGCUCCUAUAGUUGUGAUUCAGAGAGACUGAUGGCGCCUCAGGUUAACCCGCUAACAGGUGCUGCCUUCAGCCUGCCUUCUAUAGGAUCCAUCAACUGGAAUAUGGACCCUGUGACAACACAGACAGUCCCUGGCCUUAAUCCUCCUCACACUCUCCUAAUGUUAAACCAGACCUCAGACAUUGCCAGUGCCUCAACACUAAAUGGCUACAGAAGCCCAUUGACAAAUGAUAGUAGUAGUAAUGCUAUCAGUAGAUCCGGUGGCAAAGAGAAGCGAUUCCAGUGUUCGUUCUGUGGGAAAGCCUUCAGUUUCCCCAAACAGGUGGAGAUCCACCAGAGGAUGCACACAGGGGAGAAGCCAUUCGGCUGCCACCUGUGCCAAGCCAGUUUCUCAGACUCGUCCAACCUGAAGAGGCACCAGAGGGUCCACACAGGGGAGAAACCAUUCGGCUGCCACCUGUGCCGAGCUAGUUUCUCCCACUCCUCCAGCCUGAAGAGGCACCAGAGAGUCCACACAGGGUAGAAAUCCUUCAGCUGCCCCAAUGUGAGAAGAGGUUCUCCCACCAGCUGAACAUGCACCUGGAGGUCCACAAGGGGAAGAGGUUCUCAGCGAGGAGGUACCUCAGAAUACGCAUAGUGAUAUGUUGUACAUUUAUAUUUACAUUUUAGUAAUUUAGCACACUAGUUAGUUUGAAGGUAAAGUGUUUUAUACACAGAUCUUUACAGGAAACCUACUGAUCGUAACAGUUUGUUGAGGGCUGACAGUUGUCACCCACUUCCCUUGAAAAAUAGUUUUCCCUACAGCCAAUUCUGUCGAAACAAAAGAAUUUGCAAAAAACAAUCAGAUUUCGACAGAAAUAUGGCUGAGACGCAAAGAAAAUUCAAGGAGAGGGGGUACAAAAAUGAUCAGAUUAAUAUUGCCAUUGAGAAAAUCCAAAACAAAACGAGACAUGACCUUUUUCAAGGUCAGUCUCGCAAAAAGACGCAUUCUUGUGUUCUAACUACCCGCUAUUCAAAGUGCUCUGAACAAAUUAAGGGAAUCGUUCAAUCAUUGGCACAUUCUAAAAUCCGAUAAUAAUCUCGGUAAUGUGUUUUCGGACCUUCCCUUGGUCGUAUUCUCGCGGGGCAGAAAUCUCAGAGACCAAUUGGUACACUGAUUUACCACCCCAAGAUAUUCCCGAACAAUGUCUAUUUGUGCCCGUACUGGAUGGAAAUUACAAGUGUAAUGGUUGUGCUCAAUGCAAUGGCACUUAUAAAUGUUGAUCCUUCAAACACCCAAAAAUAGGGAAAUAGAUCCCAAUCAAAGUUGUUAUUAUGUGCACCACUAAGGCAGUUAUUUAUCUGAUAACUUGUCCUUGCGGUAAAAAUUAUGUGGGUAAAACAAAGCGCAAAUUAAAAAUACGUAUCUCAGAGCAUCGUAGCACCAUUAGGUGCAAAAACUCGAC